AUGGCUCCUCCCACAAGAUACGGCGACGAGGUCGUCGACCCUGCACCUCUACUACAGCCUCUCGAUUAUGUCUUCUCAGGACGACAAGCCCCCAACCGCUUCCUCAAGGCCGCCAUGUCCGAGAAGCUCGCCACCUGGGAUGCCAAGGACGUCUCUGCCCGAGGAUACCCUACCAAGGAACUCGUCACUCUAUACAGAAACUGGGGAGCCGGCGGCUGGGGCUCCAUCUUGACGAGCAACGUUAUCAUCGACGGCAUAAACCUCGAAGCCCCCGGCAAUCUUACGAUUCCCGCCGAGGAAGGCUUCGAGGGUGCGCGCUUCGAGGCGUACAAGGAGUUGGCCACCGAGGCGAAGAAGGACGGCAAUCUCUUGAUUGCCCAGGUCUCGCACGCUGGUCGUCAGGUUGAGGAGUGGAUCCAGCCCAACCCCAUCAGUGCCUCCGAUAUUCAGCUCGUCAGUGGCGGGUUCGGAGGAAAGACAUACGGCGCUCCUCGCGCAGCUACCAAGGAGGACAUCGCUACUGUUAUCAACGGCUUCGCCCAUGCCGCCGAAUUUCUGGAGAAGGCUGGCUUCGACGGUAUCGAGCUUCACGGAGCUCACGGUUACCUUCUGGCUCAGUUCCUUUCUCCUCGCACCAACAAGCGCACCGACGAUUACGGAGGCAGCCGCGAGAACCGCAUGCGACUCGUCCUCGAGGUCAUCGCCGAGAUCAAGCGCCGUGUCAGCCCCAAGUUCAUCGUCGGUAUCAAGGCCAACUCCAUCGAGUACACACCUGGUGGUGUUGAGGCCGAGGACGCCAGAGCCCUUGCCACCGAGCUCGAAAAGGCCAAGGUUGACUUCCUGGAACUUUCUGGUGGUAACUACGAGAAGUUUGCUUUCGCCCACGUCAAGGAUGAGAACCGCAAGCGAGAGAACUACUUCCUCGUGCAAGCUGAGGAGAUCCGCAAGGGUCUGAAGGGAGAGAUGAAGGUCUUUUCCACCGGAGGUUUCAAGAGUGUCAAGGCGAUGGUUGACUCUCUCUCCAUCAUCGACGGCAUUGGUCUUGGACGCGCCAGUUCCCAAGAGCCCCGAUUCCCCAAGACCCUUGAGAAACAAUCUAUCACAGGUACCGUGGAGCAAAAGUUUGACCACGAUGAUGUGCUUAAGAGAUUUGCUGCUGCUGGUGUUCAAAUCUCCCAAAUCGCCAACGACCAGGAGCCUGUGGACUUGAGCAAGCAGGAGAACGCUGAUGGUCUGUGGAAUGAUGUGAUGAAGUAUUAUCAGGAGGCAGCUGCGGAUACGGAUCACAAGGUGUAUAAGUGGCCUGCUGUGACCCAAGUGGCUUAUCCUUACGGUGAUGGGGAGUUGUAA